AUGGAUUCCAGCGGAACCCUUCGGCCUCUGGAUGAAUCCCUACUUCGCGAGCUUCCCCAGCUUCGUAUAGCUCCUAUCCGAGCCCCAGUGUCAUCCCGAACUCUCAGCAUCCCAUCACCUCUGGAACCAAAUGCAAGUGGGGCCAGGGAUUCGAACACCAUCUCAAAGUCGACACCAACUGGCUCGACCAAUGUGAAAGCGAGUUUACCAACCGUGGCAGAGUUUCUUACUGCAGCACGAACUAAAACACCCGAGUCUGCAUCUGUAUCUGCAUCUGUAUCUGCAUCUGCCUCAGAUCCCCAGUCUAAUGUGGAGCCACCACCAAAGCCCAUCUUACCAGCUUUCGUAAACCUUCGGGCCUUGGAACGGUUUCCCUUUUCGUCUUCCUUCGGUGAUGACGCACUGUAUGGUCCGCGCAAGCGGCGUCGAUUAGAUCUCCAGACAGAGUCAUUCGGCGAGUACUUACAGCUGCCCAUACCCCAGGCACAGAAAGAGCAGCGUCCGCCGCCAUUUGGUCCCUUUGCUAUUUUGAAUGGAUUGAAUGAACCACCUCCUAAUGCUGCUCUCCUUCCUCCCAUUGAAGCAGGAUCUAUUACUUCUGGCUCCAUUACCCAGCUUCUGGCAAUGCCCUCUCGGGGUGAAGUAGCUGUUGAAACUGGUAACAUAGUUGCUGUCAAUGACUUACUCGCAGAUGGUCAACCUGUAGAGCGAAGAGAAGCGAAAAUCGAAGAGCUCCUUGUUGCUAAUCUUGAUGAUAAUGAUGACGACGUACAUGACCAUGAUAGUGAGGAGCCUAUCGCUCGACAAGAGCCAAAACCCAGUUUUGACCCAUUGAUACCUUUAAAGCACAACUCUCAAGAUGAUUUAACCCUCACUCCGACGCCAGAUGGUGAACAGCCCUUGUCUCCUAAAACGCGGGGUCGGUCUCGCAAGAACAUAAGAAAAUGGACGAAGGAGGAAACGACUGAUCUACUUCGGGGUGUAAUAAAAUGUGGAAUCGGGAACUGGACAACAAUUAUUGCGCAACCGGAGCUCAAGUUUAACAAAAGAACUGCGUCUAAUUUGAAGGACCGAUUCCGAGUGUGCUGUCCACAGGCAUAUCGUGCUUCUGAUCCAAACGAGGCAAUGAGUCAAUUGAGCGAUAAACUCGCCAGAAUGCUCAAUCCAGGAGCAGAAUUUGCCGAAGCUACACAAAAAACACAUAUCAAGAUGCACCUUCCGCUUCCUAGCCCUAUGAUCGGGCUCGAGUCAAGCUCGGGUUCCAACAGCUCAGCCAACAGUGUAUCGACAUCAAUGUCCUCAUUCACAUCAAAUACAGAACCAGGAAUCGUCGAAGCACUUCAAAUCGGGUCUCAAUUUAUGGCUACUUCAACUAAACCACAAAAAACCCUAGAAAGCCUCGGCAUACCAGAACCGAAGUCAGCAAUUGUGUCGAAAAGACGCUCUCGCCGACCUUUCACCGAGGCAGAAGAUGAAGCUCUUCUCAAAGGAUAUGCCGUGCAUGGGUUUCAAUGGACCCUCAUACAACAAGAUAAGCGGCUCAAUCUCGGACAUCGCAGAGCGACAGAUCUUCGGGACCGCUUCCGUACUAAAUUUCCACAUGCAUAUCGCGACGGAGGUACUGCUAGCGGCAAAUCUCAUCCCCUUCAACAAAUCCCGGGACCGGCUACAUCUGCAGCUGCAGUUGGGUCGACUUCUCGAGAUGGCCUUAGUAGUGACACAACCCCGGCAAAAUCACAAUCUACAUAUCAGCGUCAUGCCACUACAACUACCCAUAGUCGCCACCCAUCCAAUGCUUCGCAAGUCAAUUCAGGCCCGAUUGAUUCUUCCGUCUUGCCGGCACCACAAGUAUUUCUCGAGCCAUCGGCUGCUAAUCCGAUUUCGUUCAUUUUGGACGAUAGUUCGGCCAGUGGUACGACUUCUCCCUGGGAGGAUAAUACUCUUGCACCUAUGAAUUGGGAUGACAUAGGAUGA